UUCACUGUUCACAUGUGCAACUUGUGAAAUUAUUUAAAAUUUUACAAUAAUUACAAAAAUAAAUAAUAAAGUAAUAUGUGCAGCAUAGGUGAAGAUGAUUUUGGCGAUGAGGGAGGAGUACACGCCAUGAUACCCGACAUAAAAACAUACAAAGUCACUAACUUAAUAGAGGAACAACUUUGUAAUAAAUGUAAGAAACCAGGAGCUGGAUAUAAAUUACCCUUUAGGCAGGCAGAAUGCCGUGAGUGUUUCCUACUCUAUGCUCGCCAUAAAUUUCGAGCUGCUCUGGGUUCAUCGAAAGUAUUGCCGAAAGAUGCCAAAGUUGUAUUGGUGUUUGAUGGCAGUGCUGAGUCAUUAGUGUUAUUGGAUAUGCUGCAUCACGCUCAGACACAAAACGCCUUUAAACGCUUGCAUUGUAACGCCACCGUAUUGUAUAUAGACGACUACCAGUUACUGGAACAGAGUAGUGAAAGGAAAGAUGAGUAUGUAAGAUUUCUGGAAAAGAUGCAAAUAUUUCUACAAGAAUAUAUCCACUUUGAAAGCUAUAUUGUGCCUUUGGUGGAAGAACAGCAGGUUAUAAGUUGCAUGUUAAAUUUUAAGACAAUCAAAGAUCAACAAUAUCAUUUGCAACAUGAGGACAAAAAGCAAUCGUUUUUAAGUUCAAUCAAUUCCAUAAAAUCCUUAACAUCCCGCCAAGAUUUUGUUAAACAUCAUCGCAGCAAAUUAAUUGCAGCAGUAGCUAAACAUUUUGAAAGUAAAUUUGCCUUUAUGGCUGAUAUUAGCUCAGACUUAGCCUCCGAUUUAUUAGCUGCUGUGGCUUUGGGCAGAGGUGGUAGUGCAGCAUUAGACGUGGCCUUGGUUGAUGAUCGUUUGGGUGAUGACAUUAAACUUAUAAGACCUUUAAAAGAUUUAAAUAUCGCAGAGAUAGAGUUAUAUUUAAAAGCCCAAGAUUUACAAUUAUUGCAGACUAAACGUUAUGGUGUGGAGGUUGGUUCAACGGCCAGUUUGCAAAAUUUAACAAAAUCUUUUGUAGACAAUUUGCAGCAGAAUUUCUCAGCCACAGUAUCGACAGUUUUUCGAACGGGUGAUAAAAUUGCGGUUAAUCAGGAUGUGAUACAACGUUUGGACGAACUUGAUUUGAAUAACGAAGAUAAUUUGAAGACGGAUGAUAAAUGCUGCUCAUUUUGUAAAUCAUUUUUAGAUUAUCAAGAUUCUACUACCCUGUUAGCUAUAGAGUUCUCACGACUUGUCUCCGAAAGUGGUUGUACUUUGGAUAAAUGCCCGGAUUUGAACUCAAAGGCUACCGAAAAUGUGGGAGGUUCAGUAGAGAAACCUUACUUGAAGAAAUUAUGUCACGCGUGUCGCAAUAUAUGUAUGGAAUCGGCAAAUGAAAGUUUAUUGCUGUGAAUAAAGCCAUGUUUAUCAAUUUAAAUGUUUCAUUUUGUAUAUUUUAAUAAAAAUUUAAUAGAAAAAAUAA